UAUCAACUGCAAUCAGCGUUAUGAUUGGCAUUCACCCUUGAAUGCAAUAAUUAGACCUAAUGUACAUCCCUCUCUCCCUAUGCUCUUUUGUGCAGGCCCAUGACAUCGGGACAAGAAGGGCUCCAUAGUCCUGUCGUUCCCCUUGCAGCAGGGGAUGAAAGUGAAGGACAGAGACAUACAGAGAGUGUGUGGAUGUGCUGUGAAGAGGAACAAGAAACAUACAAAACAAACAACCCGAGUCAGCCAGAAAAGCUACAUGAAAUGCCCCGAGGGGCUUCUUACUUUACUACGUAUACUCAUACUACUGUAACCACGCUACAGCUGGAAAUACCUCCUCUUCCUCCCUCAUCCAUUUCUGGAUGGCCCUCGAAAUACCACGGCACCAUACACUGCAGUGACUGCACUCGCUCAGGGCCGUCCUACCCGAUCUUGGGGGACCACGAGCUGAAGCCAAACGGGGAACGCAAGGGGGGGCGGUUCCAAGAACCCAGACGAUACCAAUUCCGGCCAUGCAGGGCCAAAACAGCCCAAACAAUUUACGGUCCGUGAGCUCUGCCUUCGAUGAUGAUGAUGCUCAUCUCCCUCCCCGAUGAAAUUAGAUUGACAUCAUCAUGGGCAAGUUUGAUGAACAAUGGUCCCAUACCAAUGAUCCCGCCUGUCUGGCACUCAUUCUUCAUCACCUUCUUCUUCUUCUUCUGACAUCGUCGUUC